AGUAAGGUCCACAGAGCGUUUGAGUGGGUUGGCAAGAUACACCAUAAGAAGUGUUGUUUUCGUUCUAUUCUUACAAUACACUUUAUUCCUCUGGAUACAUCACUGGACGAGAACAGAAGAGUUUCAUGAGUUUCAUCCGGGGCGAGCCAAAGCACAUAUUCUUUAUUUUUACAUUUAGAUGACGGAAGAAUUGAUCUGGUUUUGGUAAAAAACUGAUAACUUCAUGGCUUUGGUAGCAAGCGAUCGCAGUAGCAAAGUGAACGGCUUGGCGAGCAGUUGCAAGGCUGGUACCAAAAAAGAAGGGACACUGAGUAAGACAGCCGGUUGUAAAAUAAACAUGCAGUCGAAGGACGCGGAGUUUACCACGGAGGGCUUGCCGAAAGCAUUUCUUCACAGUUUGAGAACUCUUUUUGACAUCCUUGAUGAUGCGAAGCGAGGAUAUGUGCAUAUAUCGGAAAUUGAAAGUCGGUGGCAGGGUGCAGAAGCGCAGGGUUUACCCAGCGGUGUUCUGGACUGCUUGAGGCGGGUUACCCCACCGCACGGCUGCCUGACUUUCGAACGCUUCGUGGCGGGGCUCCGGAACUCCAUGCUCAAUCCAGAAAAUGGUAACUUCAAGCACCAACCUUCUACACAGGGGUCAUAUCCAACUGGACCGAAGUCGCAGCCCCACACUCAUAAAACUGGUGUAUCCACGGGGUGCUCCGUAGGGUCUCGGGGUUAUGAGAACAAAGUCCGGCCACUUGGACCAAGCAAUAUGACCAAUAUGCACCAUAACCGCGCGUCCUCUCUCCAAAGCAGACCAAGGCACCACGAAGACGGAUACACCACAUCUAGCAAACAAGGGGAACACUCCCAUUAUAUAUCGGCCCCUGCUCCUCAACGAUAUGGGACUACCGGCUACGAGAGAACUGGCAGAAGUUUAGAAAGGAUUCCUGUCGUACCAGAAAGCGGCACGUAUCGGACCGAAUCGGUUCGGGUUGGUAAAAAGGCCCAUCAUCAGAACCGCAUGCGGUCUAUUGAAUCACUGGCACUCGAAUCGCCACAGCUCCAAAAGCAAAGUUCUGUGGAGCCUGUUGGUCUCCCCCGAUCACAGAGUGAGACGACCACAGGCUUCAGUGGCUCCAGGCGCCACUGCCGGAGCCGCGACGAACAGAGGAGGCACACCAUCACUAAUGGAGUCGAUUAUGGAAUGCUGAAGCAGAUGAAGGAGCUGGAACAGGAGAAGGACUCUCUGCUGGCGGGGCUUGAGGUGGUGGAGCGUGCCCGCGAGUGGUACCAGGCCCAGAUCCACAGCGUCACCGAGAGACAGAGGCUCGUUGGCCAAAGCAACCUCUGCUCGGAUUUCUUGACCGAAUCCAAUCAAAGUCGCAUUAAUGUCCUACUACCCAAACUACAGGAAGUCAACCGCUGCCUUAAUGACCUCAUAUCCUGUUCGGGAAUGCAGCAAUCCUUCUCCCCCAGUGCACAGCCCCCCACCAUCUCUCCCAGUGCCCAGUCCUCUGCCACGGCCCCCCCACAGGCCAUCCAGAGACUGAAGGACCAGAACCGGCUUCUUACACAGGAGGUAACAGAGAGGAGUGAGCGCAUCACCCAGCUGGAGCAGGAGAAGUCAGCCCUCAUAAAACAGCUCUUUGAGGCCCGUGCCAGAAGCACUCACGACAGCAGCACCCUGGACUCCACCUUCAUCUGAGAUCCCCACCACAACCACAGUGGCAACCACGCCCACAUAACCACAUAACCAUAUGACCACAUUCACCCAGCAAACAUCGGCAUGCAUUGGGCAGAGACAGCUAGCAGCAGCACACGAUUAAAAGAAACUCCCAGUGUUUCGGACUGUCUCCUGGAUUCUAUCAGUAUUCAACCACUUCACGCAAGACAGCUUUCCUGGAUUUUGUUGCUAUCUGAACUUUUUGAACAAACUUUCUGACUGACACCAUCAAAGAAUCCUAUAGCUAAACAAGUGGAGCUACAUAUGAUUCUCCAACAUGAUGUGACCUCAAUAAUCUUGAUUCUCCAACAUGAUGUGACCUCGAUAAUCAGGCUCUACUUAAAAGUCUUCUCUACGGUUAUCCUUGUCCAGUGAGUAAUAACAAUUAGACAAAAAGCAUGAGGACAGAUGCUAAGGACGUACAGAACCUCGGAUGGUUCCACCGUUCUGUCAUCAUACCAAAUUGACAAGGACCCUACAGCCUUUUACCAUUCUCCUAGCCUGACGAGCCAGACCCACAUUAAAAUGUAGGGUCUGGACACUCACCGUUCGCAGUGCUCAGUCCGAGG